UAUUAGAUAGCGAGUCUAAUAUGAAUAGGCUACAUUGUAAAAUGUGAUCAGGCACCCACCUGUUUGCUUUUAGAAAUGACCAUGUUUGGUCUGUGAACAAUAUUGAUGAGCCGCACUACAACACACACCGCAGUUCCAUCUGCUGGUUAGCAUCGGUACAGCACGAGAUUUCCCGGUGAGAGGAUGGCAUUUCGCUGGACCACCGCAUUGUACUCCAUCCUCCGGCAGGAGAUAUGACUCAGCGUUAUCAGAGUAAAUAAGCUCAAAAUAUAAUAACUGACCACAAAUUAAACUAAUAAGCUUACUUAAAACUUUUUGUUAUUCUAUAAAACUAUUCAUAUGAAUUACAUUUAAAUAACAUUUUGUCUUUUACAUCGGAUCAUGGAUCACUUCCGCGGCUUGUUUGAUAGACUCGAUAAGAAUAAAGACGGUUUUAUAUCUCGUGAGGAGCUGCAGAGUGAAAUGCGAAGGAUAGGUGUGGAACCAGUUUGUGAAAAGGUUCAAGCAAUCUUGUCCCAUUAUGACCAAAACGAGGAUGGGCGUCUAAGCUAUCAGGAAUUUCUUAUUUAUAUUAUGGACAGAGAGAAGAAAUGGAAAAUAGAUUUCCAUGCCCUUGACAGAAAUAAAUGUGGGGCAAUUGACCUGGAUGAUAUAAUGACCCUGUUUAAGGAAUUAGGUUUGGUCAUAUCAAAACCCAAUGCAAAGAGAAUCAUUCAAAUGAUGGAUGAAGACAACUCUAUGACAGUAGACUGGGAGGAAUUCCUCCAGCACGUCAUCAUUAACCCAGCAGAAAACAUUGGAGAGUUAGUAUCUUCCUGGAAACAUAACCUGGUGUUUGAUGUAGGAGAGAGCCGCUCUUUGCCUAUUGAGUUAACCCAGGAUGAGACUGACUUGUCAGUCUGGGGGAAUUUUAUAUUGGCCGCAGGCUUGGCAGAUGCAAUUUCCAGAACUGUGACAGCACCAAUUGACAUGUUAAAGACACGACUUCAGGUUUUUGGAUCCAAAGCUGUGUCUCUGGGACUCCGGGAGCUGCAGACUGGAGGUUUUAGAUCCUUGUGGCAAGGAAAUGCUGUGAAUGUUCUUAAAGGAACACCACAAUCAACGCUUCAGUGCUUCAUCUAUGCCCAGAUGAGGUUGUCCACGCUUGGCGAGAGGGACAGUCUGACAGUCCAUCAGAGGUUUGGACUGGGCUGUGUGUCAGGGGCUGUGGCACAUGCUGUGUUCUACCCCUUAGAGGUGCUGAAAGUUAGACUAAAUCUCCAGCCUGCUGGCACCUACAAUGGAGUACUGGGAUGUGCCAAGUUGAUUUACCAGAAUGAGUCUGUGGCAGCUUUCUACAGAGGGUUCAAACCCAGCAUACUCUGCAUGAUACCUUAUGCUGGAGUGGAAUGUGCAGUGCAUCAGUCAAUUAUAAGCUGGGUAAGACAGGAUCCAGAGCACAUCAGUGACUCCAAGCUCUUCCUCUUCAGUUUUGCAGCAUUUGCAUCAGGACAGGCCACCAGUUACCCACUUGCUGUCAUUAGAACACAACAGCAAGCUCAAGCUUUCUGCUCGACCUCACAGAAGUCUGCAGAUGCUCUUCAAGGACUCGUCGGAAUCUAUGAGAAAUAUGGAGUCAGAGGUUUUUAUAAUGGAAUGGGUGCUAGCUUUGUGAGAGCUGUUCCUUGUGCUUUGCUGAAUUACACCCUGACCUCAAAAUUUGAAACAUUGCUUUCUUCAUUGUCCUAAUGUAGAAUAAUGGCUUAGAGUGUAUGUUUUUUGAUUGUCUUUUUUAUUUCUUUGAAUUAUGUUUGAUCACGUACAUUCUUGUGUUACCUAUUGUUAUGGUGACAACAUAUAACUAUGGUAUGAGUAUCAUUGCGUCAGUUGAGCCUUUUAACAAGUACAAGAGCAUAGUAUCAGUUUUGAGUGAGUAUACGGACUAGGGAAAUUCAAACUUGUAAUAUAAUCAGUGGUGUGCAUGCGUGGUAAAAAUAAACAAUGUGCACCAGAAACCGUGGAGGGAAGCGCUUUUGAGUACCAGCAUUUUAGGGGACAGGGUGGCGGGACACGUUUACUUACUGGAGUAGGAUUUUUCUCCAUCUCUGGUAAGAUAGCAAUCAUGAUGAUAAGUGUGUUCUUUAAUUAUUAGGGGAUAAGGUCCAAUGGUUCGGCACGCAUGUGAUUCGCGGAUUAACUGCUAAGUUUAACCAUCAUAGAGUGAAUGUUUGUCUUGCCAAUUAACACAUUCAAACGAUUUUAAACGCGGAAGCAGAGGCAAAAGUCGGGACUCGAGAGCUGUUAUCUGUGCACACAGCCUCACACACCCGAAGCACGCAGAGAGAGAGAGAGAGAGAGAGAGAGAGAGAGAGAGAGAGAGAGAGAGAGAGAGAGAGACGCGUGUUUCACACAGUGCUCGAACACCGAAUUGUUUAGUCUUUUGCAUUUACUUGCACUUGAAGGGACAAAUACACAAAAAAUACCGUUAUUAUAAUUAUGUCAAAAUACCGGUCUCUGCAAGUAUUCUCUCGGUUAUGUCAUUAGUGAACAGCUGAGAAAGAAACCGGAUGUGAGUAUAUUUGGUCCGUGCAUUCCGCCUUAAAGUGACAGUAGCCUAAUAUUAUUGCUGUUGUCUGUGUCAUUAAUGUUAAUAAAAUAAAAUAAAACAACAUCAUCAUCAUCUACCAUGUUCGAGAGAAAAGAAGAUAGUGAGGAGAGUAGUCAGGAGGAAAGUGAUGACAACAGCUUUUAGGACAAGUGUGCCGCCUAAAGUGUGAGUACCAAGCAACAUCUUCAGGUGCUCCCUUGAGAACCAGACCAAAAAAGUUAUGUGCACCCCUGAAUAUAAUCAUAUAGGCCUACUUCUGAAGAUUUUUAGAAACAAUAUAUUUGAAUUAUUUAGACAAAAAUGAUUCUACUAAAGAUAUAGGGGAGCCUGGGGCUAUAUCUCACUAACUGCUAACUAUGGUUUUGAGACAAAAGUCGAAUUACACAAAUGAUUGUUUUCUUUUUUGUAUGUUGGUUUCAAAUACCACCAUUGUUUAAAAUUAUAGGAUUUUUUUCCCCUCAAAAUAAACACAAUAAAAUCAAUGAGUACAUUCAGACACGA